UGGCCCCGCCGCUGCCGUCGUGCGGCGCCGUGGUGGUGGCGGUGGCCACGGAGCCCUGAGCGCCCGCCGGGGAGCGGGGCUGAGCGCCGAGAGCGGCGCUCCCCGCCUGGGCUGCACCCGAAGAGAGAGGCAGCGAGCGGGGAGCUGCGGCGGCCAUGGGCAACGAGGCGAGCCUGGAAGGAGGCGAAGGGCUGGGCUCCUUCCCCGAAGGGGCGGCGGCAGCCGGGGAUGGCGGCGGCCCUACGGCCCUCUUGGAGAGCCUCGUCCCGGCCGGGGUGGAGGCGGACCUGAGCCAGCUGAGCGAGGAGGAAAGGAGGCAGAUCGCCGCUGUCAUGUCAAGGGCGCAGGGGCUGCCCAGAGGGAACCUCGCCGCCGCGGAGCCGCCUCCCAUGCAAAGACAUCCUGAGCUUGAUACAAGACCCAGGCAACCAGGUAAGCCUCCAGAUCCAGGACCACCAAGUUUAAGUAAAAGCAGAACAGUAGAUGCGCUGAAGACAGAACAACGGGCACCUGGACGGAGCCCUUCUUCUAUUAGUCUAAGGGAGUCAAAGUCCAGGACUGAUUUUAAAGAAGAUCAGAAGCCAAGUAUGAUGCCCAGUUUUCUUUCAGAAGCCAAUCCACUGAGUGCAGUCACUUCAGUUGUGAACAAAUUCAAUCCUUUUGAUUUGAUAUCAGAUUCAGAUGCAGCCCAAGAAGCUAGUAGGAAACAAAAGGUUACACCAAAAGAGCAAGGGAAACCUGAGGAGCAGAGGGGUCUUGCAAAACAUCCAGCUCAACAACAGUCUGCAAAGCCAGCUGUUCAACAACAAGGACCUGCCAGACCUACUCCCCAGCAAACUGAGUCUUCCAAACCAGUGCCUGGGGAACCAAAGCAAGUUCAGAGACCAGGCCCUGGUCACCUGUCAGACUCAAAAGCAGAACCAGCGAAACAACCACUCCAGCCACGAGGACCACAAAAAUCUCAGCCCCAACAGUCAGAACCAUCGAAGCCUGUUCAACAACCACCGUCUGCAAAACCUUCAGGCCCAACAACAAAACUCUCACCACAGCAAACAGAGAAUGUUAGACUGUCAUCCCAAGCACCACCUCCCACGAAACCAUCAUCACAGCAGCCAGGACCUGUAAAACAACCAUCUCAGCAGCCGGCACGACAAGGGGGUCCUGUAAAGCCAUCUUCACAACAAGCAGGGCCUCCAAAGCAGCCUUCUCAACAACCUGGACCUGAAAAGCCAUCUGCUCAGCAAGCAGGACCUGCAAAACAACCAUCCCAGCCUGGACCUGGGAAGCCACCUCCGCAGCAAACAGGACUUGUAAAACAAGUGCCACCACAGACAGGGCCAGCAAAACCAUCUUCUCAGCCUGCAGGGGCUGCAAAGCCCCUGGCACAACAACCAGGACCUACAAAACCACCAAACCAGCAACCGGGGCCUGAAAAGCCCUUGCAGCAAAAACAAGCUGGUCCAACCCAACCUACUGAGUCCACCCCAAAGAAAACCUUCUGUCCUCUUUGCACAACUACGGAACUGCUGCUGCAUGCUCCAGAAAAGGCCAAUUACAACACUUGCACACAGUGUCAUACUGUAGUCUGCAGCCUGUGUGGAUUCAAUCCCAAUCCUCAUAUAACAGAGAUUAGUGAAUGGCUCUGUUUAAACUGCCAGAUGCAAAGAGCAUUAGGUGGUGACCUAGCACCAGGUCAUGGUCCCAGGCCACAGCCACCUCCACCCAAACAGAAGACACCCAUUCCAUCUUCACCAGCUAAACCAUCUCCCCAGCCACAGCCAGCCCAAAAUAAAGAUGCUUCUCCAAAACCUGAUCCUUCUCAGUUGGCAGAAUCGAAGAAACCCCUGCCACAGAAAAAGCAACCCUCCUUGGCUGGGUCUCCCCCUGUAAAAUCAAAACAGCCCUGUGCCGAGCCAACUGAGACCUCCCAGCAAAUAGAUCUUACUCCAAAGUCUGAUCAGGCCAAGCCACCACAGGCUGAAGAUAAGCAAAAACAACCCAGUAUACAGAAGCCCACAGCAGACACUGUGCCUACCUCUGCAGCACCAGGAACGAAACAGGAUUCAGCAGGUCCCAGACCUCCACCAGCUCAACAGAAAAUGGUAGAUUCCCCAAAGCCAGAGCUUGCCAAGCUGCCACAGGACACACAGCCAGCUGUGGACAAAACAGAUUCCAAACCUCUUCCACAAGUGUCUCGGCAGAAGUCAGAUCCCAAGCUUGCAUCUCAGCCUGGGGCUAGACCAGAUGCUAAAACUCAAAAGCCUGCUGAGCCAACACAAGAAAAGGAUGAUCCUAAGAAGUUACAAACAAAACCAUCCCCAAAGCCUGAUACCAAACCGUCUCCCAAGGGACCACAGGCAGGGGCGGGUCCCAAGCCAGUGCCAGCCCAGCCGGCACCUCAACCUCAGCCGCCUCAGAAAAUUCCAGAGCAGCCAAGGCGUUUCAGCCUUAAUCUGGGAGGCAUCACUGAUGCCCCUAAGCCUCAGCCUACAACACCACAAGAAACAGUUACUGGGAAACUCUUUGGAUUUGGAGCUUCCAUCUUUAGCCAGGCCUCAAAUUUAAUCUCCACAGCUGGUCAGCCGGGGUCUCAGACAUCAGCCCCCCUUGCACCUGGUCCUUCAGUGAAACAGCCUCAGCCUCCGUCACAGCCUCUAGCCUCUCAGGCAGCCCCUAAAGAGGCUGGUCAGGCUCAGCCUCUUCCAAAAGCUGUUCCUCUGAAGAGAGAAGCCAAGCCUCCUAUGACUGAAAAACCAGAGCCAUCAAAAGCGGAUGGUGUUUUAGCAGCGAAAGGGUCUGAUUUAGAAAAGAAACCUGGUUUGGCUAAAGAUAGCAAGCCUCAGGCUGCUGAAGUGAAGAAACCUGCUGGGCUGUCAGAACUGGAGAAAGCCAGCCAGCCUAAAGAGUCUUGUCCCCUUUGUAAAACUGGACUAAAUAUUGGUUCUAAGGAUCCCCCCAACUUUAAUACAUGUACAGAGUGCAAGAAAGUUGUCUGCAAUCUCUGUGGAUUUAACCCGAUGCCGCAUAUAGCAGAGGUACAGGAAUGGCUGUGCUUAAACUGCCAGACCCAAAGGGCAAUGUCAGGACAACUUGGGGAUAUGAGCAAGGUGCCACUUCUGAAAUCAGGCCCUUCACAGCCAGUACCCAAACCACCUGCCUCUCCUCAAAAACAGCCUGUGCCUGCUGUCUCACAUUCCCCUCAGAAGACUUCCACACCACCUACUCCAGCGGCAGCAAAACCAAAAGAAGAAUCAGGCAUUCAGAAGGAAGCUCCAAAAUUUCCACAGGGGAGACUGGAAAAAACAUUGUCAGCAGAUAUCCAGCAAGGAAUUCAAAAAGAAGAUGCAAAACACAAGCAGGGAAAACUUGUCAAGACACCCUCAGCUGAUAAAAUCCAACGUGUUUCUCAGAAGGAAGACCCAAGACUCCAGCAAACAAAACUGACAAAGGCAGCCUCAUCUGAUAGAAUUUUGCAUGGAGUUCAGAAGGAGGAUGCGAAAUUUCAAGAGGCAAAACUGGCAAAAACAUCCUCAGCUGAUAAGAUUUUGCAUGGAGUUCAAAAGGAAGACCUGAAAUUUCAAGAGGCAAAAUUGGCAAAGAUGCCCUCAGCUGACAAGAUUUUGCAUGGGAUUCACAAAGAAGACCCAAAACUCCAGCAGUUGAAAAUGGCAAAGGCACUAUCAGCUGACAAAAUCCAGCCUUCAGUUCAGAGGGAAGAUGCACAGCUUCAGGAGGUCAAAUUGUCAAAGGCAGCUUCAGCUGAUAAAAUCCAACAUGGAAUUCAGAAAGAAGAUCCAAAACUUCAACAUGAGCAAAUCAUGAAAACAUCAGUGGAGAAAAUCCAACAGGAGGCUCAAGAAGAAGAAUCAAAACUUCAGCAAGGAAAACUGUCAAAGAUACUUUCAGCAGAUAAAAUUCCUGCAACAGUAAGUUCAGACCAAAAGAAACCCCUGAGCGCAUUGGAAGAAGAUAAAAAACCUGUGCUCCCAGAGAAGAGCACACCACACCCAGAGGACAAAAAAGAACAAAUUAUAGCUGAGGCUAAAGACCAUGCUGCUGAACAAAAACCAGAAGUUGAUGCCCCUUACAAGGGUCUGCAAGCUAAGAAGCAAGAGGAUGUUAAGAAAGAAGGUUUGACAACUGGUACUUCGCAAGUGGUUUUGAAAGCAGAUAAAACUCAGGAAGAAGAAAUUCCUGUUCAACCAGCACCUGUGCCAGGAACUGACCAUGUGGAAGCAGUGAAAGAAAAAAUAGAAAAGGAGGAUGACAAAUCAGACACAUCAAGCUCACAGCAACAGAAAAGUCCACAAGGUCUGAGUGACACCGGGUAUUCUUCUGAUGGGAUAUCAAGUUCACUUGGUGAAAUUCCAAGUCAUAUCCCCAGUGAUGAAAAGGAUUUACUCAGAGAAUCUCAUAAAAAAGACACUAUUUCACAAGAAAGUCCACAAAGCCCCUCAGAUCUAGCUAAAUUGGAAAGUACUGUACUAUCUAUUCUGGAAGCUCAGGCAAGUACACUUUCUGAUGAAAAAUCUGUGAAGAACAAAGAGCUUUAUGAAAUGUAUGGGGAACAGACAAAGGAUCAACAUAAACCAAAACCUUUGCCAGUCACUCCAGAAUCUUACAGUUCAGAUGAGGAAGACUUAGAAGCUAUUCAAGAAUGUGAAAGAACUAUUGUAGAAGAUGGUAAGGGAAGUGCUUCCUCCCGGGCAGACUACAAGGAAGGAGAUGGAGGAGAUGACAUAUUGGCAAGAAGACAACGCUAUGAUUCUGUGGAAGACAGCAGUGAGAGUGAAAACUCACCUGUCCCAAGGAGAAAAAGAAGAGCUAGUAUUGGUUCUUCAAGCAGUGAUGAGUAUAAACGAGAUGACAGUCAGGGAUCAGGUGAUGAGGAAGACUUCAUCAGAAAACAGAUUAUAGAAAUGAGUGCCGAUGAAGAUGCCUCAGGUUCUGAAGAUGAUGAGUUCAUUAGAAGCCAACUCAAAGAGAUCAGUGUAACUGAAAGCCAAAGGAAAGAAGAAGUGAAAAGCAAAGCCAAAGGAACAGCUGGAAAACAUAGAAGAAUGACACGGAAGAGCAGUGCAGGAUAUGAUGAGGAUGCAGGAAGAAGACAUUCAUGGCAUGAUGACGAUGAUGAGACAUUUGAUGAAAGCCCAGAGCCGAAAUACAGGGAAACUAAAAGUCAAGACAGUGAAGAACUUGUGGUAACUGGAGGAGGAGGCCUUCGGCGUUUCAAAACAAUAGAAUUAAAUAGUACAAUAACAACUAAAUAUUCUGAAGCAUCUGAACAGCAGAAAGGUAUUUUAUAUUUUGAUGAAGAGCCUGAGCUAGAGAUGGAGAGUCUUACAGAUUCACCAGAGGAUAGAUCUAGAGGAGAAGGGUCUUCUAGUUUACAUGCUUCUAGUUUUACACCAGGUACGUCUCCUACUUCGGUGUCAUCACUUGAUGAAGACAGUGACAGCAGUCCUAGUCACAAAAAACUGGGAGGGGAGAGCAAACAACAGCGCAAAGCCAGACAUCGGUCACAUGGUCCUCUUCUUCCAACUAUCGAAGAUUCUUCUGAAGAAGAAGAACUACGGGAAGAGGAGGAGCUGCUAAAGGAACAAGAGAAACAGCGUGAAUUAGAACAGCAACAAAGAAAAAGUUCAAGCAAAAAAUCUAAAAAGGACAAGGAUGAACUCAGAGCUCAGAGAAGAAGGGAACAUCCAAAGACUCCACCAAGUAAUCUUUCUCCAAUUGAAGAUGCCUCUCCAACAGAAGAAUUACGACAAGCAGCAGAAAUGGAAGAGCUGCACAGAUCUUCCUGUUCUGAAUAUUCACCUAGUAUUGAGUCAGAUCCGGAAGGAUUUGAGAUAAGCCCAGAAAAAAUAAUAGAAGUGCAAAAAGUUUACAAAUUGCCUACUGCUGUCUCUCUCUACUCACCAACAGAUGAACAACCAAUUGGACUCCCAAAAGAAGAAAAUGGUCAAAAGACAUUGAAAAGUGCUGAAGAGGUAUAUGAGGAGAUGAUGCACAAGUCCAAGUCAUUUCAAAUUGCAAAUGAAAAAGAUGAAGUAUUUGAAAAAGAAUCUUUAUAUGGUGGAAUGUUAAUAGAGGAUUACAUUUAUGAAUCUUUAGUAGAAGAUACUUACAAUGGAACUAUUGAUAGUAAUCUUGUCAUGAGACAAGAUGAGAGCAGUGAGUAUAUACAACAGAGAGGUAAAGAGAAAAAAAUAAGAGCUUCAGAUCAGAUGUAUGAAGAGCCACAGAAAAUUACCGAUCUACAGAAAGACUACUAUAGUGUUGAGACUUUACAUUCUAUGGUGCCUCAAGAAGAUAUUGUUUCUAGUUCUUACAUUAUCCCAGAAAGUCACGAAAUAGUUGUAUUAGACAGCACAGUAACUUCCACCACUGAAGAAAAGCAGUUGUUAGAUGCAGAAGCUGCUUAUGAAGAGCUUAUGAAAAGACAGAGAAUGCAGCUAACCCCAGGGUCCAGUCCAACACAACCAACUUCAGGUUUUGUUCCCACUUCUGAUACACAGGUAUCUAGUGUUGGAGAAAUGGUGGAUAGUACAUCCUUAACAUCAAGCACUACUUCAGCAAUCUCAGAUGUAUCACCUGUCAGUAGCACAGCACUUUCUAUUCCAGAUGUUAAAAUAACACAGCAUUUUACAGCAGAGGAAAUGGAAGAUGAAUACUUAACAGAUUAUGCCAGAGAAAUUCAAGAAAUAAUUUCUCAUGAAACAUCAAUGUUGACAUACUCUGAGACAUCAGAAGGUGCUACGUCAAUAUUACCUUCUGAUACGGCUUCCUUAACAUCAUCUACAUCUUCAGUUUGUACCACAGAUAGCUCAUCACCUAUAGACAGUGCAACCAUAGGUUAUGUAGAUACAGCAGAUGCUGUAUGUAAGCUAGCAGAUUCUGAAGGUGUCAGGAUAAUAACCCAAGUUCCUUUAACAUCUGCAAAAGAGUACUCUGAAGUGAGCAUGCCUUAUGAAUCUAUUACUGAAGCCACUAAAAAGCCAUCUAUAGCAUCAGAUAAGCAAAGUGUGGAUCAACCUGCAGUUUGUUUGCCUGAAACUGCACCUUCAGUAAUGGCAACUACACUUAUAAAACCCAAGCAAUAUGCAGCUGAUACCAUUACCUUUGAUACCUCCAAAUCAGAAAAGGAAGCAGCUAGGAAAAUCAAAAGUACAAUAGAGGCUGGCAUUGUCAAAAUUCAUCAGGAAGAUUCACAUGAAGAAUUGGGUGUUGGUAUGACAAGGAUUAAUUUAACUAGCACUACAUCUGAGCAGCCACCUGUAUGUAUAGUGUCAGUACCAGUUACAGAGCCUGCAUCAGAAAUAUCUUCUGUACCUACUCCUAGUGUUGUAAGUAAGACCAGCAUGGUCUCUGUGCCUUCCUCAGCUCCUGCUAUAACAGCCAAAGUAUUCUCUCUUUUUAGAAGCUCUUCUUUGGAUUCUCCUGCACAACCUUUUCCACCCCUACCUCCUCCUCCUCCUCCACCACCUCCUCCACCACCAUUACCUCCACCUAUUUUACCCAAGCCAGCCAUUUAUCCCAAAAAGAAGCCACAGAUUAAGACUCCAGCAGCAACAGCUCCCACAGUGGUACCUUCAGUCACAAGUGUUCCAAUACUGGAGUCCACAUCUGUAUUAAAGAAUCAUGUGGUACCUAUCGCAAAAACAUACACCCCAACACCACCUCCUGUACCACCCAAACCAUCCUCCAUUCCAGCAGGGCUUGUUUUCAGUCACAGGCCCACUGAAGUAACUAAACCUCCAAUUGCUCCUAAACCAGCAGUUCCUCCACUCCCCAUAGUUGUUCAUAAGCCAGCAGAAAUGCAGCCCAAGCCAAUAUGUUUGCCGUUGACUUCAAGUAUGACUCUGAAUUUGGUCCCUGCAACUGAAUACAAAAUAGCAUCUCCCACUUCCCCUUUGUCUCCACAUUCUAACAAAUCUUCACCAAGGCUGACAAAACCCUCACAGGAAACCUAUGUUGUCAUCACAUUGCCAUCUGAGCCUGGAACUCCCACAGAAGCUAUAACUAGUCAGGCUGUUACCAGCUGGCCUUUAGAACCACUUUCUAAAGAAGAGAUUCCCCAGCCUAUGCAACCAAUUUUUACUCCACCCAUGAAAACUAUGGAAAUUCAAAGUAUGAUAGAUCAGAGUAUGUAUGUUUCAGGUGCUUUGCAAGCUAUUCCAGCCACAACACAGUCAAUUUUCAAAAAAAUGCCUAGUUCAAAAUCAGAAGUAGUAACAACAGAGGUAACCAAGACCACAGUGUCUGUGGUUAAAGGCCCAGUGCCUGGUUUUGGUUUAGAUAGUGUCGCUAUUACUAUACCUCCAGAGCCACUACACAUAGGAGAUCAACCGAGGUAUAGAGAGAACGGAAGAUUCCAUCCACUGGGCGAUGUCAUAGAUCUUCGCACUUUGUCUAAGAUGGAUAUCGAAAUGAAAGAUAGUUGUAUGGAUUUGUCUGCUGUUUCCAUGGACUUGAGAAGGCAAAUGCCGCCAAGUGAUACAUGUGGGAGGCCAGUAAGUACUGUCCAGCCAGCUAUAAUAAAUCUUAGUACAUGUGUUGCUGAUCCUUCUCUGUCUGUAGUCACUGAGACAGUAACUGUAGUGACCUGCACUGCCACUGUAAGCUACACUUCCAGUACAGACAGCCUUGUGGAUCUGGGGCAUGCGAUGACAACACCACUGCAGCUAACAACAGCAAAGCAUUUUGAGCCUGCAUACAGAGUAACAGGCAGCCAGGCAUUCUCUGCAGGUAGAGAUGAAGUGCCAAUAAAUUUAUCCCUAGGUACUGCAACCCAUGCGGUGACAUGGGCUACUACAAAGCCUGUUACUGUGCCACCUGUUGGUGUUACAAAUGGUUGGACUGAUCUCUCCACUCCUCAGGAUCCCAUGGAGAGUGGAGCAGUUGAUCUUAGCACUACAAAAUCUCACAGAACAGUAGUAACAAUGGAUGAAACUACUUCAGGUAUCAUAACAACGGUGAUAGAAGAUGAUGAAAAGCCUGUGGAUCUGACUGCAGGGAGAAGAGCUGUCUGCUGUGAUGUGGUUUAUAAAUUGCCAUUUGGUAGGAGCUGUACAGCACAGCAGCCGCCAACUACACUUCCUGAAGAUCGCUUUGGUUACAGAGAUGACCAUUAUCAGUAUGAUCGUUCAGGGUCCUAUGGCUACCGAGGAGUUGGAGGUAUGAAACCAUCCAUGUCUGACACAAAUUUAUCAGAAGCUGGACUGUUUGCAUACAAAAGCAAGAAUAGCUUUGAUUAUCGUGUUGGGGCAACUGAUGCAGCAGUAGAUCUUACUUCUGGAAGAGUUACUACAGGUGAGGUUAUGGAUUACUCAAGCAAGACUACUGGUCCUUAUCCAGAGACUCGGCAGGGGAUUUCGGGCAUCGGGCUCAGUACACCGCAGUAUUCCCAGGCAAGAAUGGUAUCAUCUUUGGGUUCCCAGUUUGGCGUUGGAAGUGUUUUAAGAUCAUCCAAUGGUGUUGUUUAUUCUUCAGUAGCAACUCCAAUCCCAUCCACAUUUGCCAUCACUACACAACCCGGUUCUAUUUUUAGUACAUCUGUCAGAGAUUUACCUACUCUCCAGACAAUUGACUCGGUGCCCUCUUUAUCAACUUUGCAACAAAGCCAGCCUCUCCCAAGAUCGUACAGUUUCUUGACGACAGUGGCAGCUGAAAAAGAUAGUGCAAUUACUUCCAUUGAUAUGGAGACAGGGUUACCGCCUCUUACUAUAGAAACUAUUACCACUGAGCCAACCAGCUUGAUACCCACCUUAACUACAGCAUCUGAAGUUUAUACAGAUGUAAUUGAAGAUGACGUUGCCCUUCUUAUUGCCCCUGAAGAAGGCAAACAGCAGCAGCUUGAUUUGGAACGGGAACUUCUUGAGCUUGAGAAAAUUAAGCAGCAGCGCUUUGCAGAAGAGCUGGAAUGGGAACGUCAGGAAAUUCAAAGAUUUAGGGAACAAGAAAAGUUUAUGGUGCAAAAAAAGCUUGAGGAGUUGCAAUCCAUGAAACAUCAUCUCCUAUUUCAGCAAGAAGAGGAGCGACAAGCUCAGUUUAUGAUGAGGCAAGAGACAUUAGCCCAGCAGCAGUUGCAGCUUGAGCAAUUCCAACAACUUCAACAACAGCUCCACCAACAGUUAGAGGAGCAAAAGAUUCGUCAAAUAUAUCAGUAUGGUUAUGACCCUUCAGGAACUGGUUCGCCACAAACUACCACAGAUCAAACACUUUUGGAAGGACAGUAUGCAACCACAGAAAAUGGCCAGUUUUGGCCUGCUGAUGAUGCAACUACUACAGCUUCAGGAGUCCUGGGUAUUGAAAUUCCACAAAGCCAAACGUGGUAUACAGUACAGUCUGAUGGCAUUACCCAGUACAUACCCAGGUCUAGUAUCCUAAGCUCUGCUUCAGAAAUGUCUCUUAAGGAUAUUGAUGUUAGAGAGGAAAAGCAGUUGAAAAAGAGAAGUUCUAUGCCAAAAUUACGUGGUCCAUAUGAGGAGCUUGAGGAGACCCUGGAAGGAGAGCCCCGGUGCUUCAAAAAGAUAGUGGACAGUGGAGUGCAAACUGAUGAUGAAGAUGGAGCAGACAGAGGUUAUACAAACAGGAGACGGAGAAAUAAGAAAAGUGUUGAUACGAGUGUUCAGACAGAUGAUGAAGAUCAAGAUGAAUGGGAUCUUUCUAGCAGAUCCAGAAGGAAGCCUCGUGUAGGGAAAUACAGUGAGAGUACUGCUGAGGUAGACAAAGCUAAACAAUUCUCUAAAGUAUCUAGUAUUGCAGUUCAGACAGUGGCAGAGAUUUCAGUACAAACAGAACCCGUAGGAACAAUAAGAACACCUUCAGUCAGGGCCCGAUUGGAUGCUAAGGUUGAAAUCAUAAAACACAUUUCAGCUCCAGAAAAGACAUAUAAAGGAGAAAGUUUGGGAUGUCAAACUGAGACAGAGUCAGAUACUCAAAGUCCCCCAUAUCUGUCAGCUUCAUCUCCUCAGAAAGAUAAAAAACGCCCAACACCAUUAGAGAUAGGAUACUCAUCCCACCUUCGUCCAGACUCCACACUCCAGGUAGUCCCUUCCCCUCCCAAAUCUCCCAAAGUUCUCUAUUCACCCAUUUCACCGGUUUCACCGAGCAAAGUUAUAGAGUCAGCAUUUGUACCCUAUGAAAAACCCAUCACUGAUGACAUCAGCCCUCAGAAGAUGCUGCAUGCUGACAUUGCCAAGGUUCCUCCAUCAAGCCCAAAGGCAGCAAAGAUGAUGCAACGCUCUAUGUCUGACCCUAAGCCCCUGAGUCCCACAGCAGAAGACAGUUCAAGAGCUCAGUUUCAGUACACUGAGGGUUACAUGACAAAAGGUUCUUCAAGCAUAACUCCAUCAGGCACUCAAAAGAAGGUGAAGAGGACUCUGCCCAACCCACCUCCAGAGGAAGCAACAGCAGGAACACAGUCGCCAUAUACUUCUGUGGGAUCAGUUUCACGGAGAAGGAUUUGUAGGACCAACACUAUGGCCAGAGCCAAAAUUCUUCAGGAUAUAGACAGGGAAUUGGAUCUGGUUGAACGUGAAUCAGCCAAGCUUAGGAAAAAGCAAGCAGAGCUAGAUGAGGAGGAAAAAGAAAUAGAUGCCAAGCUGAGAUACUUGGAAAUGGGUAUUAAUAGGAGAAAAGAAGCCUUACUGAAAGAAAGAGAAAAGAGAGAGCGUGCCUAUCUCCAAGGAGUAGCAGAAGAACGUGAUUAUAUGUCAGACAGUGAAGUUAAUAAUACUAGGUCAACCAGAAUAGAAACUCAGCAUGGCUUGGAAAGACCACGUACUGCACCCCAGACAGAAUUUAACCAGUUUAUGCCACCACAAACCCAGCCAGAAACACAGUUUGCCCCUGCUACAAGCCCAUAUGCUCAAUAUCAGUAUUCAUCUCCUGCCCUGCCAACUCAAGCACCAACUCAGUUCACACAGCAGUCACAUUACCAACAGCAGCCUUUAUAUCACCAGCAGGUUUCACCCUAUCAGACCCAGACAGCUUUCCAAACAGGAGCUACUAUGUCCUAUACUCCACAGGCCCAACCUCCACCAUCACAACAGCCAUCAUAUCAACUCCCAUCACAGAUGAUGGUGAUACAGCCAAAGCCAAGACAAACUACAUUGUAUUUGGAGCCUAAGAUAACAACAAACUAUGAUGUAAUUCGAAAUCAGCCUCUCAUGAUAGCACCAGUUUCAACUGACAAUAAUUAUGCAGUUUCCCAAUUGGGCAGUAAAUACUCUACCUUGGACUUAAGGAUAGGGCUAGAUGAGAGAAACAGCAUAGCAAGCAGCCCUAUAUCAAGCAUAUCUGCAGAUUCAUUCUAUGCAGAUAUAGACCACCACCAUACGCCCCGAAAUUAUGUGCUGAUUGAUGAUAUAGGAGAACUUACUAAAGGAACAGGAGGACUUGGUUCCAGUUUUACCCUCCAUGAGAAAGAUCUGACCAAAACAGAUCGACUGCUUCGCACAACUGAGGCCAGGAGAGCACAAGAAGUGUCAGACUUCCUAGCACCACUGCAGACUUCUUCUAGGUUACAUUCCUAUGUUAAAGCUGAGGAAGAUCCAAUGGAGGACCCUUAUGAGCUCAAACUUCUGAAACACCAGAUAAAACAAGAGUUCCGUAGAGGUGCAGAAAGUCUUGAUCAUCUGGCUGGCCUGUCACAGUAUUACCAUGCAGAGGGCAGCUACAGGCAUUUUCCAAAAUCUGAGAAAUACAGCAUAGGUAGGCUUACUCUUGAGAAACAGGCUGCUAAACAGCUCCCAGCAGCCCUCCUUUACCAGAAGCAAUCAAAACACAAGAAAGCUUUGAUAGACCCCAAACUAACAAAGUUUUCACCUAUCCAAGAAAGCAGAGACCUUGAGCCUGACUACUCAAGCUAUAUGACUUCUAGCACUUCAACACUUGGGGGAAUUACAACGAGGGCAAGGCUUCUUCAGGAUGAUAUCACUUUUGGCCUUAGAAAAAACAUCACUGACCAACAGAAAUACAUGGGGCCAGCACUGACUUCAUCCAUUGGAGGAGGCCUUGGGACUGCACUAGGUCCAACAAUGAGAUCCACAUUACAAGAUGAUUCAGACAAGUCUUAUAGCAGUGGUAGUAGAUCUAGGCCCUCAUCUAGACCAUCCUCAGUGUAUGGGCUUGAUUUGUCAUUAAAAAGGGAUUCUUCCAGUUCUUCUUUAAGACUGAAAGCCCAGGAAGCUGAACCCUUAGAUGUUUCCUUUAGCCAUGCUGCACCUUCUGGAAGAACUAAACCCACCAGUCUACCUAUUAGCCAAAGCAGGGGAAGGAUCCCUAUAGUAGCGCAGAACUCAGAGGAAGAGAGCCCACUAAGUCCUGUUGGCCAGCCAAUGGGCAUGGCAAGAGCAGCAGCUGGACCCUUGCCACCAAUUUCUGCAGAUACCAGGGACCAAUUUGGAUCGAGCCAUUCAUUACCUGAGGUCCAGCAACAUAUGAGGGAGGAGUCACGGACUCGAGGCUAUGAUCGAGAUAUAGCCUUCAUCAUGGAUGACUUCCAGCAUGCAAUGUCAGACAGUGAAGCCUAUCAUCUCCGUCGUGAAGAAACAGAUUGGUUUGACAAGCCCAGGGAGUCUCGUUUGGAGAAUGGACAUCCCCUUGACAGAAGGCUGCCAGAGAAGCUGUCCCACUCCCGACCACCAAGUCAACAUCAAGAUCAAAUAAGCUGUCAAAUAAAUGGGAAACCCCUGCAGUACAUUUUCCCUCAUGCAAGGCUCAAACUGCUGAGAGACCCAAAGGAUCACACAGUUUCAGGCAACGGUCUGGGAAUCCGAGUUGUAGGUGGGAAAGAAAUUCCAGGAAGCAGUGGGGAAAUUGGAGCUUACAUUGCCAAGGUCUUGCCUGGGGGCAAUGCAGAGCAGACAGGGAAGCUGAUAGAAGCACCAGGAUUUGUGUAUGCAAGUGGUAUGUCCAGAGAGCAAGAGAUACCAACUACUGAGUCUUCCUCUGGGUUCUUAAAUUGGCAGCCAUGUAACGGUCUUAGAGGAAUGCAGGUGCUGGAAUGGAAUGGCAUCCCCUUGACUGGGAAAACUUAUGAAGAAGUCCAAAGCAUUAUUAUUCAACAGAGUGGGGAAGCAGAAAUAUGUGUAAGACUGGACCUGAACAUGCUCUCCGACUCUGAGAAUCCCCAGCACCUGGAGCUGCAUGAGCCAGUAAGGGCAGUAGAUAAAGCGAAAUCCCCAGGGGUUGAUCCCAAACAGCUGGCUGCAGAGCUCCAAAAGGUUUCUCUACAGCAGUCGCCCCUGGUUGCUUCAUCAGGAGUCGAAAAGGGAUCUCAUGUUCACUCUGGAACCACUUCUGCCACCUCCAGUGCUGUUCCCAGCCCUGGUCAGCCCGGUUCUCCCUCAGUGAGCAAAAAGAGGCACAGCAGCAAGCCCACAGAAACUACGAAGUCUGCUUCCCAUCCAAUCACUGGAGAGAUUCAGCUUCAAAUCAACUAUGACAAACACCUUGGCAACCUUAUCAUCCACAUCCUUCAGGCAAGAAACCUUGCUCCCAGAGACAACAAUGGCUAUUCAGACCCCUUUGUUAAAGUUUAUCUUCUUCCAGGGAGAGGACAAGUCAUGGUUGUCCAAAAUGCAAGUGCCGAGUACAAGCGGAGAACUAAGUACAUACAGAAAAGCUUGAAUCCUGAGUGGAAUCAAACAGUCAUUUACAAAAAUAUCUCCAUGGAGCAGCUGAAAAAGAAAACACUGGAAGUGACUGUCUGGGAUUAUGAUAGAUUCUCCUCGAAUGACUUCCUUGGUGAAGUUUUGAUUGAAUUAUCCAGUGUCUCUCAGCUUGACAACACUCCUCGGUGGUACCCUCUGAAGGAACAGAGUGAAAACAUUGAUCAUGGGAAAUCUCAUUCUGGACAGAGUAGCCAGCAAUCCCCAAAACCAUCUGUCAUCAAAAGCAGAAGUCAUGGAAUCUUCCCGGACCCUUCCAAGGACAUGCAGGUGCCCACCAUUGAGAAAUCCCACAGCAGUCCAGGGAGUUCCAAGUCUUCCUCCGAGGGACAUCUACGCUCUCACGGUCCAUCUCGCAGCCAAAGCAAAACCAGUGUCACUCAAACUCACCUCGAAGACGCUGGGGCAGCCAUCGCCGCUGCUGAAGCAGCUGUCCAACAGCUUCGUCUUCAACCAACAGCACAUAAAAGCGGUCAGUCUAAUCAUGCCAGGAAGCAGCACAGACACAGCAUAGCAGGAGUCCUCCCUAUUCAAAGAACUCAGUCUGACAAUCUGCCUCCACCAGCCAAUGACAACAAAGACCAAAGCCAACUAGCCCUCAGGAAAGUGAUGUCUGAUGGACCAGUCAAGCCUGAAGGAGCAAGGUCUACUAAUCACCGACCUGCAGAAAGUUCUGUCUCCACUGGCUCAUCAGCCAGUAGCUUUGGCAGUGGAUACAGCAUGGAUAGCGAAAGCAGCAGCAGUGCCACAGGAGAUAAUAAUCUAUUCCCCAUCCCAAGAAUAGGGAAGAUGAGCCAGAAUGGACAAGAACCAGUAAAGCAGUCGGGAGUAGGAUUAACCGAUGCAGAAGGUAAAACACAGGUUAUGGGUGAAAUCAAGAUUGCAUUAAAGAAGGAAAUGAAGACAGACGGAGAACAGCUGAUAGUAGAAAUCCUUCAGUGCAGAAAUAUCACAUACAAAUUUAAAUCUCCAGAUCAUCUACCAGACCUGUAUGUGAAGCUGUAUGUUGUCAAUAUGACUACCCAAAAGAGAGUAAUUAAGAAGAAAACUAGGGUAUGCAGACAUGACCGAGAGCCUUCAUUCAAUGAAACAUUUAGAUUUAGCUUGAGUCCUGCUGGGCAUUCUCUUCAGAUUCUGCUUGUCUCCAAUGGAGGGAAAUUUAUGAAAAAGACACUGAUUGGGGAAGCUUAUAUCUGGCUUGACAAAGUGGAUCUAAGGAAAAGAAUAGUAAACUGGCACAAACUGUUGGUCAGCUCCACACAAACACACUGAGCAGAGAUGUUUGCUUAGGGCACAAAAUCUUCAGAUCCUGCUAUAAGCAGCAUCACUCCAAGACUAUAGUUUGAUAUCAUUGUGUUUAGCUAGUCUUUCAGAAUACAAAAUAGAAAAGAGCAGUCUCUGGGCUACAUAGCACACUUAAAUGAGGGCUAGUACAUUUGUUUUGCUGCAAAAGACAGCAAAAGUAAAAGAAAACCUGGGCCCAGAAGUUAAAGUGCGGCUGUUUGAACUGAAGACUGACAUGAGGGCUCAGUGAUGUUGGACUCUUUGUGAAGAGAGUAACUGUGAAGGAAAUAAUGAAGGCUGGAAGGCAGGUGUUAAUGCAGAGUUCAGCUGCAGCUGGAGGUAGUGUGAUUGGAAGAGCAGUCUGGUUUUCUGCGCAACCAGAAGGAGAUCACUUUAUGCAAAAGCACCUACGGUGACUGACUUUCCAGAUCUCACUUAUCAGAAGUGCAAAACUUGCUCCUCUGCACCUUAAGAUCUCUGAUAAUUCUCUGUAGUGAGACUAUGCCACUUGACACAAACUGCAAGGUGUGAUAAUGUUAUUUUUUCCUUCUUUAUUUUUCCUUCAAAAACUAUGCUGUGAAGAAUCAGAUCUGAUUGUUUCAUUUGUUUUUGUGUGUUAACAAUGAAUUUAAACCACUGUCCUGAAAAGUAAGUGAUAAGAACAUAUAAAUGGUCUAUAAUCUGGAAUGUGGUUUGAAAUAAAAAGGACAGGAUGCAAACUGCACUAUAAGAGGAAGAAAAAAAUGCUGUUUUGAUGCCAGUGACACCAUACUUCACCCUUCGCUUUGAAUUGGCAGUUUUAAAAAAGUUUGGAAUUGAAGAGACUUAGGCACUAGGACUAAUACCAUUAUUCCAACUAGUCCUUCCACUUUCAGAACCAGUCUUUACUGAAACUGUGCAGAGAUGAUGAAUUCUAGGCUAUUUUGUGGGUACUUUGGAGCAGUGAACCCACUAUGCUAACAUCAACCCACUCGGUGCAGGGCUCUGUAUCACAUCAGUGACACACCUGAAAUCUAAAGGGAAGGGAUAGCAGGGCAGUUACUGCCUGGAUACUGUUGCAUUAGAACAAAUUAAGAACAUCCUUUUGCUAUCUCAGGUGAAUGUCUUAGUGUAAUCCACUCAACAGUGUGGCUUCUCAGUUAGGAAAGAAGUAAAUAGGAAGAUAACUUGCAACUGUGUCAGCACUUCCAUGCUCAGAGUCCCACUUUCAGGGGCUUGAAGCCACGUAGUUAGACCAUUUGGGAAGAAACUACUGCCUGGGAUGGCUUAGGCUGGUUAUGUUUUCCAUUGUACCAUUUUUGAAGAUGGGAGAGUUUUUUCCUCCCAUUCCUAAAAGUAUGGCAGUUUCUUUAAAAGACAAGAAUCAAUAUGGUACUAAAAUCCCAUGUUGCUCAGAAGUCAUUUAAUAUUUCACAGCUUCAUUAAAAAGUAGUUUCCCUGAAAAUAUUACUUCAUGACCUUUGCAUAUUUAAAAAGAAAAUGACCAAAAUUCUGUGCUCCAGACAUUUCUGUUUCUGGCCCAAUAAGGACUUUUCACAAAUUACUUAAUGUACAUCAUCUUAUAUUUUCUCAAUAUAUGUAGUACACUUCCACGGGUUGUGCAAGACCAACUUCUGGAAAAUAAUACAUGCUUUUAAAAGAAGGAAAAAAAAAAAAAGGAUCAGUUUACUCAGAAGCUGGACUGACCAUGAGAAAGUUACACCAUUUAAUCUGGUGACACUUCCCACAUACAGUUUUUGAUUUAUCUUUGUCAACUUAAAAUAAUACUGUGGAAAAGGAAUAGAAGAAACACACAGAAGAUAUUAAUGCUACACAUACCAAGAAAACUCCUGUUAAGUUAUUGAUAACCUGCUGGUAGCCUGCUUACCUUGCAAGCAGAACAAUCACAUGAAAAUCUUAUUAGCUGUCCUAAAAACACAACAUCACUGACAGUGGAAGUAGGAUGUGUGUGCUUCAAUGUUGAAUUCUAUGCUUUCACCAGUAUAUGUAUGCCCUACCUCUCAUACAUUUUGAAAACAGUCUUCUGGAGUUAUUGUAAACAUUCUAUAUGUUUUGAUGUUGUGUAUGUUUUUUAUAAGAAGGUAAAUACUUCAAAGAAAAAAUCCCCAAUCGAACCAAAAAGUCCUAUGUGGGUAUAUUCGACAUGUGUUGCUCUUUUGGUAGGUUAUUUUGCAUUCCUGAUGACUAUAGUGUGUUCUUUUCUUGAAAAAAAAUAUCAAACUCCCCUUCCAACUUCUAGUUUCAAUUACUGUGUGAAGUACAAGCUGCGAGGUGGGCAAUUUUGUGCAAACUGCUGGUAAUUCUGUUCUCUCUAAGAUUUUUUAUAAAGACAGAGAUUCAUGCUGGCAGUUGCUAUGGAGAUUUCCAGCAGGAGCAAGCACUGUCUGGCUGCCUUUCUGGGAUACCUGUAAUCAUCACUCUUAAUUGAGAAAUUGGAUGGGCAUGCUUUGCUCUCACACACAUACCAAUGUGGCUAUGUUUUUCUACCAUAGUUGUGUUGAGUGGUAUAGCUGUGGCUCUACGGAACAGCAACCUUUGUGGGUUAAUCAGCUGUCAGCAACUGGUUUAACUCAGGCAUCUUUGAUUCUCUGAUCAACACACAAAAUGUUUCUGCAUGUUGAAAUGGCAGUUUUAGACUCCUCUCAUGAAACGCAAAGAGUAGUUUGUCAGGAAUGCAGCACUGUGUUGGCCAGCUGCAGGAAGGUUGGGACUCCUUUGGUGUCACCCUGGAUGAGCUAGAGACAGACCUGGGCCCACUCUCCCUCUUUUCCAAUGCAGCAUCUUUCAGAGGUCAGAGGAUGCUUCCAAAGUGUGCCAAGUUCCUUUUUUGACCAAAUUUCUAGGUUGUACUGGAAUCACUCUAUGCAACACAGGUUCGUGUUUGUUUGAAUGCAUUUUUUUUCCCCCUUUUUUUUUUUCCCCUUGUUUUAUGAGUGGUCAGGAAAAACUCCCUUGUGACGUUUUGUGAAGAAUAAUCUAACAAGGACUAUUAGUAUUUUUUUGCUUUUUUUGUAUAGAUCUCAGUACAUUUUUUUUUCAUUUUUUUUCUCAUUAAGUUUUGUUUCUUUUAUCUGGCCAAAAGUGCUUAGAUGUGGCAACAGCUUUUAUAAUUUCUGAGUGAUUGAUUAGUGAUGAGUUCACGUAUUUCUAUGUUUGCUUUGAAGACACGUUGCAGGGAGGCAACAGCAGAGGCAUUUUAACUUUUUUUAUUCAUCAAUCUGCUGAGUCAACAGAGAUUGAAGCUGCUUCCUUGUUCAAGGCCUUGUAUAGUGGAAACAAGCUGAAAAAUGAGCAAAAGCACAGUGUGUGUGUUUACAAAUGACAGGGAUUUCUAAUGUUAUCAUUAUUAUUAUUAUUAUACAUUCAGUGAGCAGCAAACAGCCACUUUUUUUUUUCUUUUCAGGUUAAAACUAGACAUGAGAGUUUCUAUGAUGAAUGUUGAACUAGCUAUUUAUCAUUACACUUUAAAGGGAUAGUAUCCAGGGGCAAUGAGUGCUGCUCCUUUAUUACCCAUGUUUUUUACAUUACAUGGAUCCUGUGUGGAAGAAACAAAAACCCAAUCCAAACCAGUUGAAGUCAAUAACAACUGAUCUGUUGAAUUAAACUCGCUUUAAAUCAAAAACUGGGAAGUAUUUAUUUUUCUGGAUGCUGGGUGUUUGCAUGUUUUGGUUGUGGUAGCUGGUAACCAGCUGAUAUUGAUUUGUACUUUGAGGAUGAUGAUGAGGAAAAAGAAAACAUCUAUUAUAUUGUAAGCUAGUGUGUGCCCAAUAGAGAUUACUUAAUUGGGAAUUAGUUUCAUGGAAAUAUCAGAAAGAUGUUAAUAGUAUUUUUUUAAAUUAUUAUUUGAAUCAUAACUGACACUAUUUUAAGUACUUUAUUUUCAUUGCUACAAUGUUGAAUGUCCCAGAUUUCAUUAUUUGAGUAUAUAUCUAGAUAUGUACAUACAUAUGUGAAUAAGACAGAAAAUUUGCCUUUGUGUGAGUGUGACUUAUAAAGGUAAUGAAACAGAGAGGAAAUUUAGUGUAAGUAUCCACCUACAUUAUAUUUAACCACUAGUCCUAAAUGCCUUGUGAAUUUUCAGUACACAUGGCAUGUAGGAUCAGUUACUCUUUAUAAAUACAUGUUGCCUUCAGAAGGAAAAUAGAAAGAAUAACCGGAUACUCUCUCUUUAAAUCAUAAAAAGCAUUUUAAUGUUUUCUAUAUGUUUGGUUUUAUUAUUUUCAAAAGAUUAAUAAGCAAAUAUAUCAAUGAGCUCAAAAAUUAUAAUAUAUAUAGAUAUCCAUAAUGCAAAAUAGAUGAUUUGAGAGAAAGCUGUUUUCUUAAUUUGUUACCCUGUAAAUAAGUAUACAUUUUUGUAAAACAAACUGAGUUUAACUCAUUAAUUCCAUCUGACAUCCAAGCAUGUGAAUGUGUCCUUAUUUGGUUGUAUCUUAUAGAUGUUCAGUGGCGUGCUCAGGUGCUCAACAAUGGCUGACUAGCGUGUGUGCUGUCAUGCUACGGACAACGUGUACAGCAUACCCAAUGUUUAAAAAAAAUCCCAAAACACACAAAAAAAACCACAAAAACAAACAAACAAACAAACAAAAAAAAAGAUUAGUCCUUGGAGAAAUGUAAUGUUUCCACAGUGAUUGUUGCAUGCAUAGGUGGUGGUUUGUUGAUAUUCAUUUUGGUUUGAAUUUCCUUUAAUUUUCAUUUUUUUUCCAGAUUCAUCAGCAAAAAAAAAAAAAAAAACACAAAAAAAACCAACCAAAAAAAAAAAAAACAGACCUGUUCGAAAAGUUGUAAAAACUUGAAACAAAAGCAGUAUGAAAAUUGUAUAAAAAUGCUUGUAAAUCUGUUUCAGUUUUCACUUUAUGUAUAAAUCCAUGUCAUGGUUUUGUGAUUGUAUACAGGAUGUAUCUUGAGAACUUAUGCAAAUUGUGCUCUAUAAAGGCUGUUAUUCCAGUCUGACAAAUAAAUAUUUAAAAUAUC